AUUUCGCGCGAGACUUCCCGCCACCACCCCGCUCAUGUGGGCGUAUCUAUGCUAAUAAGGGGGCGGGACUAUGCAAAUCGAGAGAGGGCGCGAGGAGACCCAUACGGACAGAGCAGGACGCGGCGGCCGAGUCUCCUCCCACAGCCUCCUAGCGCAGGCCCACGAUGCAGGCGGACUCCCUUCUCCACAGCAGCUACUUCCACCCUGUGCUGCGCUCCUGGCAGUGUACGACAACCACCUUCGAUGCCUCCAACCUCAUCUACCCCAUUUUUGUCACGGACAGCCCUGAUGCAGUGGAGCCGAUCCCCAGCCUCCCUGGACAAGCAAGGUACGGAGUCAACAAGCUGGAGGGGAUGCUGCGUCCCCUCAUUGAGGACGGUCUGAAGUGUGUGCUCAUCUUCGGGGUGCCCAGCAAGGUCCACAAGGAUGAGAAGGGCUCUGCUGCUGAUGCAGAGGACACUCCCGCCAUCCAGGCGAUCAAGAAGAUCCGCUCUACCUUCCCAGAGCUGCUGAUUGCCUGCGAUGUCUGCUUGUGCCCUUACACCUCCCAUGGGCACUGCGGCAUCCUGCGUGAGGACGGCACCAUCCAGAAUGAGCUGAGCUGCCAGCGCCUGGCACAAGUGGCACUGGCCUAUGCCAAAGCAGGCUGCCACAUCGUCGCCCCCUCAGAUAUGAUGGACGGGCGUGUUGCGGCCAUGAAGGCAGCGCUGAUCUCCAAUGACCUGGGCAACAAGGUCUCAGUGAUGAGCUACAGCGCCAAGUUUGCUUCGUGCUUCUACGGUCCCUUCAGGGAUGCUGCUCUAUCCAAACCUGCCUUCGGAGACAGGAGAUGCUACCAGCUGCCCCCGGGUGCCAGGGGCCUGGCCAUGCGCGCUGUGGACCGGGACGUGCGUGAGGGAGCCGACAUGCUGAUGGUGAAGCCGGGGAUGCCCUACCUGGACCUUGUGAGGGACGUUAAGGCUCGACACCCCACGCACCCGCUGGCCGUGUACCACGUCUCGGGGGAGUUCGCCAUGCUGUGGCACGGCGCCCAGGCCGGCGCCUUCACCCUGGAGGCCGCAGUCAGGGAGGCGGUCACAGCGUUCAGGCGCGCAGGGGCCGACGCCAUCAUCACCUACUUCACGCCGCAGCUGCUGCGGUGGCUGCGGGAGGAGGCGGCGGCGGGGCGGGCCUGAGCCGGGCGGAGCUUCCGGGGCGGGCGGAGGCGGUUCCGCGGCAAAGGUGGGUGCGGGACAGGGCCGCCCCUGGGCCCCGAUCGCGCCUGGCCCAGGGGCUGUGGAGCCCCCGCGGCCGCCCCGCUCCUCCCCUGCUCGCCCGCACCCCCCCAGCCAGCCCCGGUACAGCCCCGCGGUGCCCCCCGCGCCCCGCCGAGGCACCCCCGCUGUGAGGUUCAGCCGCCCGGUCUGGGAGGGUUUGCACCUCGGGACUGCGAGCGGGGCCGCCCCCGGCCGUGUCCGCGUCAGAGUGACCCUGAGCCCCCCCGAGGGACGCGGGCACCCGCGGAUGUGAUGUGGGCCAGGGGCCGGGGCCCGCACCGCUCCGAUAGUGACCGGCGUGAGCCCGCAGCGCCCCCGGCUCUGCCCUCCCCGUUGCCCCGGGCGUCCCGCAGCGCCGGGCUUCGCUGAGGCCAUGCUGAGGCUCCGCUUGCUGACGUGGGAUGUGAAGGACACGCUGCUGCGGCUGCGGCAGCCCGUAGGGCACAGCUACGCGGCCGAGGCCCGGGCUCACGGAGUCCGGGUGCAGCCGGAGGCGCUCAGCCGCUCGUUCCGGGAGGCGUAUGGAGCCCAGCGCCGGCGCUUCCCCAACUACGGGCAGGGCCGGGGGCUCAGCUCCCGGCAGUGGUGGGUCGAUGUUGUCAAACAGACCUUCAGGCUCUCGGGCGUGCAGGAGGAGAGCGUCCUAAUGGUGAUGGCAGAAAAGCUCUACGACGACUACUGCAGCGCCCACAACUGGGAGGCGCUGCCGGGCGCCAGCGAGACCCUGAGCCAGUGCUGCCGGCGCGGCUUCCGCAUGGGAGUCGUGUCCAACUUCGACAACCGGCUGGAAAACAUCCUCUGCCAGUGCAACCUGCGGCACCACUUCGACUUCGUCCUCACCUCCGAGGCCGCGGGCUGCGCCAAGCCGGACGGGAGGAUCUUCGAGCAAGCGCUGCGCCUCGGCGGGGUCCUGCCGCAGCAGGCAGCUCACGUCGGGGAUGACUACAGCCGCGAUUACAGGGCAGCGCGGGCCGUGGGUAUGCACAGCUUCCUGCUCCGGGCUGCGGGGCAGGGAGAGGAGCCGGAGGUGCCCCCCGAGCACAUCCUGCCCACGCUCAGCCACCUCCUGGCUCUUAUUGAGAAAGGGGAGGACCAGCACUGCUGAGCCAUGAAUCGGUCCCAGCGUGGGAUUUCUUGCUGCUGGUUGGGCAGGGAAAAGAAACAAGUUCUUCCAAAGGCAGGGAGCAGUGCUGCCUGUGGAGCUGGAGCGGGGGGUCCUGCAAUAAAGUGUACCUGACACUCA